CUCCACCCCACGCCCCCACCCCCCCACAACUCCUUUUUCCAUAGGAAAAAACUGAUUUCCGUUUUAGUUAUCAAGUUCGUAACCUGUUCGACGAAUUGCCCAACUGAACUUUGACAUUUUGUUCAUUCACUUUUUAGUUCAUAUUAUCCAGGUAUGGAUAUAGCUCAUUGCAACCUUGAUGGAAAUGCUGAUGCUGUAGAGUUUUGUCCACAUGAAUCUUUUCACAAUGUUCUAGCUGCAUGCACUUAUACUUUACAAGAAGGAGAUCAACCUAGUAGAACUGGUAGUAUAUCCUUGUUUGAUGUUGAUGCUGAUUCUAGUCGCCUUAGUUUGAUACAUAGAGUACAAACAGCUGGUAUUUUCGAUAUAAAAUGGAGCCCGUUGGGAGGAAAUGUGGGUCCAUUACUUGCUCAAGCUGAUGCUGAUGGUUAUGUUAGAGUUCACAAACUUGAAUCUUGUUUGGAUGAAUCACAACUUCCUGGGAAUAAUUUAGUGGAGGUAAGCAACGAACAUGUCAGUUCCUCUAUGUGCUUGUGUAUAGACUGGAUUCCAUCAGCUACAUCCCUCGCUGUGGGGCUUUCAGAUGGAUCAGUCUCAAUAAUUUCACUCCUUGAGUCUCAACUGAGCAUUUCCAGAGACUGGAAAGCGCAUGAUUUUGAACUUUGGGCUGCCUCUUUUGAUAUCCACCAACCACAACUGGUGUACACAGGUUCAGAUGACUGCAAAUUUAGUUGCUGGGAUAUGCGAGAUGAUCCCUCUAACUUAGCAUUCCAAAAUAGGAAAGUUCACACAAUGGGGAUUUGCUGCAUUACUAAGAGCCCAAGUGAUCCUUAUACCUUACUCACCGGUAGCUAUGAUGAACACCUAAGGGUAUGGGACGUAAGAUCAAUUGGAAAACCUGUAAACGAGACAUCAAUCUCCUUGGGUGGAGGGGUUUGGAGAAUUAAGUACCAUCCUUCUGUACCUGACCUAGUCUUGACUGCUUGUAUGCAUAACGGAUUUGCAGUUGUCAAGGUUAAAGAUGAUAAAGCUGAAGUACUUGAAACCUAUAAUAAACACGGUUCCUUGGCAUAUGGAGCAGAUUGGCAAAGAGGUUGUUUAGGGGGGAAUGGUAUGAAGAAGAAGAAUGUCAUUGCUACUUGUUCAUUUUAUGACCAGCUCCUUCGCGUAUGGAUGCCAGAAGGUGAUAUUCCAGAAUGACUCCCAACUCUUAUUCAAAGCCCAUCUACACACUCCAGUUGCUUCCUUUUGAGCUAGUCAAGCAGGUGUUGAACACGGACUGAGACUCUCACGCCUGUGUCCUAGAAUGUGCUUUACAGGAACACAACCAAAACCAAAGUCAAAUAUUUUUAUUUCUUGUUAACCAGCAUUUUAAUUAAUUGUUUUUUCAGGUGUUACUGUUGAACUUUUGGCCAUGUAAUUUAACUUAUAGUUUGGGAUGAGAAGAAUUACUAAAGUUACAAAAUGCUUAUGUUGUAGUAUUAUUCAUAGUUUGG